CUCCUCAGACGACAGGACAUGCAGAAACUCUGGUUCACCCUGGCUGUCUGGCUGCUCAGCCCAGGGUCCCAGCUGGAAGCUGAAGCUCGGAAUCCAAGUCUCGGUGUCAAACUCUGCGGGAGAGAGUUUAUUCGGGCUGUCAUCUUUACCUGUGGAGGGUCCAGGUGGAAGCGGACUGAGACGCUAGAGGCGGGAAACAUGAUUUGUGCUCUCUCUCCUGCAGACAUCGCUGACCCCUUUUCCCACAUGCCGCAGUCUCUGGACGAUGCCAACCCCGACAGCUGGGAUCUCGCUGACGACGCCGCCAGCUAUGACUCGGCCAGCUGGAGGUUCCUGGUGGGAUUCGGGGAUGAGGGCAGGAGCCGGAGGAGCAUCUCCAAUGACGUUCUGGAGGCUCUGAGGAGCACGGAUAGGAAGGGGAGGGAUGUGGUGGUGGCUCUGUCUAAUGCCUGCUGUAAGUGGGGGUGCACCAAGAGUGAGAUUAGCUCGCUCUGCUAAUACCUGCGCC